CUGUCGCUCGCUCACGCUGCGUUCAUUGAAUAACCCGCCCGGACUGUUUUAUUGACGCAAGCGUACUGAGGCCCAACAAAGGGCCGAAUUAAAGACGGUCUUCAAGUGAAUCUGAUGUAUUUACGUCUUAAAAAUGGUGAAAUCUGUGAAGUGGCGUUUGGAAGUUAGAGUGUUUGCAAUCUCAAAUCAUGACCGAGGCCUCUGAAAAUGACUAUCUGGUGCGCGUGCGAGCGCAGGUCAUGUGUCGGGACGAGGGCACGGGGGGAUGGAUGGCUUUGGGUGGUGGCGGCCUCGCCGAUGUUAUGGUGUGCCGACGCGGACCAGGUAGUGGAGAUAUCAACGGUGACCAAUCUCAGACACAGACAAGCACGAGCGUAUCCCACACCGAAUACUACAUACACGGCAGGCGUAUCAGCGAUAACACUCUCGUCCUCGAUUGCACGGUCAAAGAUGACUUCCAGUACCACAAGGUUAUGCCGACGUUCCAUCAUUGGGUCUCGGAUGAGAAGAAAUUCGGGUUAACGUUUCAGACUGCGGCUGACGCGAGGGCCUUCGACAAAGGAGUUCGGAUAGCUGUCAACGAUUUGUACCGUCUGGGCGGGGCCUGGCCGACGAUGUACGGUUACGAAGACAAAAAUAGCGAGGCUAAGCCGAAGGACGACGAUGAGGAAAAUAUCUUCGAACCCAUCUACUUCGAGGUGCUGCCGGUGCCGGAGUCGCGCUCCAGCUCGGAGAAGUCGAGCGCCAGCCGCCGCCAGGAGCUCUCGCAGACGCCCAUCCUGUCCGCCAUCACGCUGCCGCACCACGCGCACCACCCGCUCAGCGAAUCUCUGAACCUGCCGUACGAUGACAAACUAGACGAUUCGGAUACAGACCGCUGUCCCUAUGUCCAUCUGUCAGCUGUCCACGAGUACACUUACCCGCAGGUGGGUCCGGGCGGCGUGAUUAGUUCGGAGAAGUCUUCGCCCAACACCAAGCCGCCGCUGUUGAAACGUGAUUCCGGAUCGUUAAAGAAAUGUGGCUACAGCGGUGCCCCGCCGUUACCAAAAAAGCAUACAGAAACUUUCCAAGCGAGAGUAAAAUGCAGAUACUGUCAAGAGUGGUACUUGGAGAGCGCAAACAGGAGAGGCGCUUGUAAGUUUGCACCAGACUGCUUUCGAUCGUGUAUUGAUUGUGUUUCAUGCAUCAAAUGCGCUCAGUGUAUGCUGUAUCACUGUAUGUCUGACUCGGAAGGGGAUUUCGCUAUGCAUCCUUGCACCUGUGGCCCUCCCACUGAAAAUUGUGCUAAACGUUGGGUCGGCAUAACACUUCUGAGUCUGCUAGUACCAUGUCUCUGGUGCUACAUGCCUCUGAAGUGCAUUCACCGGACAGCAAAAGCGUUCAAUCUCACUGGAGGUGUCCACGCUCCACAGCCCAAAUAGGAUUCACCGUCACAUAUCGCUGAAACGAAUAUGUGACUAAAUUGAAAGUAUCAUCGGAGCUAAAACUGCUGAAGUGUUAAGUGUUUGUGACAAUAGUGACUCAGUGAUAACACCAAUGAUGAAGUGAGGAUUGUUUAUAUGGAGUGAUGAGAAAUUGAAGAAAUAAGCAGUUUAACGGAAAUCAAACUGCACACAUUUGUCGUUAUUAAUAAAAUGAUUUCAGAAAUUCCAAUGUGUGGAAAAUGUGUAUGGAAAUUAAACGUAUAAGAGAUGUUUUAAAAUUUUCCAUAUUAUAAGAGUUUUUCAUAUUAUCUUAUUGAAUUCAGUAUUUAUACCGAGGGUAAUGUAAAAAUAACAUUUUGAAAAUGUUAAUUUGCUUAAAAAAAGUAUUAUGUAUAUGGAAAUAAUGAUAUAUUUAUUAAACAUAUUUUAUUAUAUAAUAGUGGCUAUAAAAUAACGAAUUCCAACUUGCGUUUUAAUCAUAGUAAUAAAAUAAUCUGGUAUGAAUGAUGUACUCCUAAAAGUUUCUAAAAGAAAUGAAAUCUUUAACCUGUUAAUAAGAUAAAAAUAUCAAUUAAAAUUUUUACUUAUUUAACAAAAACUGUUUUUAGUACAAAUAAUAAAUCUUAACGAACUUUUAAACAAAAUAAAAAUAUAAGAUGUUGACGUGCUUGAAGGUAUUAUAAUCUGUGUCAAGUGUUGGGACAUUUUUUUUUAAUGACAACACUUGUUGGGGUGUUGAUUAAAUGGCAUGUUAAACAGUUCAGAAUGCUAUAAUACUAGUUAUUUACAACUUUUAUACAAAAAAUGAAUGAAAUCAAUUGAAUAAGGUUUAUCUGUGUUGCCAGUUUAUGAGAAAUUUGAUAACUAUGCUAUUAACUAAAAGGUUGUCCAACUCGCCAUGGUUCAAAAGGCAUUUAAUUGUAUGUAGUGCCAUAUGUAAUCUUUUUAAAAGAUUUGAUUUUCAAAAUUCUGUAAUAUAUAAAGUAAUUGGGUCUUCCAAGGUUUUUGUAUUAUCCAGCAUUUGUUUUUAAUUGUUAUAUAUAUCUGGUUAUAUAUGUAUUGUUUACAUUUCUGUAAAUUCUAUUUAAACGAUACAGUUGAGUCUUGCUAAUCUAGACUAAAAGGGACUGUAACUUUGAUUAAGCUGAUUUACUACAGAAUUCACAUAUUGUAUCCUAACCAUUUUUUUUUUUAUAUAUUCUCAUAUCUUCAGUCUCAUCCUAUGUAUAUAAUAACAUAGUACAUAUUUUAGUUUUAUAUUUUUUAAUCUAUGAUAGUUUUUUUUUUGUAUAGAUUGUCUGGAUUAGUAGGAUUCUGCUGUAUAUAAGUUACAUAUCUCGCUGAUGUUAUAAUUAUUACGCUUUAUAAUAUCUUGUCUACCAUCAUAUAUGUAAAUUAGAAUUUUAAAAAUUUGAUAAUUGCAGUGCACUUGACCAAAUUCGGUCAGUAUUAAUAACAAUUUAUGUGAUUUUAUUAUAACCUUUUUUUAAUGAAACAUAUCUGAUGGUAGAUUAAAUAAUAAUUAUGUACAAACACAAAUUUGCAUUUCAUUUUAAAAGAUCUGAUUGUUUACGGGUAAAAAUGUUACCUUAUUAAAAAAGAUCGGAUCUUGUCCGUUUUUAAUAAUAUUUCGAAUUCGACUAUAACAUGCUAUCGAAAUUAAUCGUAAUGUCACUUUUAACAAAUAUAAUCGUACAUAAUUAGUGUUAUAUAAAACAUACAUUGAUAUUUUUUAAUCGUUGAAUGGUUUAGGCUUAAGCUUUAAUUUAUUCAGUUUAAGAUAUUUUUUUUUACUAAUAAUAUUUAAUAAUUAAUUAAAUGCACAAAUUUACAUUUUUAUAUAUGUCCUUAAUUUAAAUAUUAAACUAUUUAACGAUUAUUAAUAACUAAUGUAUGGUUAGGAUUAUAUCUAGUUAAUCUGUUGAAAUUUUAUCAUAUUAAAUGUUCAUGUGGAUUUUACAUGUAUUUCAUUAUAGAAUAAGGAUAUUCACGAAUAUUUAUUGCUAACAUUCUCUCUGUUCUAAUCUAGUCUGUUAUUAUAUAAUUUAAUAGUUCACUCAAUUUUUUACAUAUUCAUUUGUAAAAAAAAAUGACCAAGGAGUUUUGUAUUUAUGAAUAAGACACGAAAUUGUUUCAGGCUCAAAAACAUUGGGUGUCACACUCUCGAUAUAUUUUAACAUAAUUACAAUAAUUAUAUAUUAAAAAUUAUAAUAAAUAUAUUAAAUCAUCACCAUUUUUGUGGGAUAAGGGCUCACUUACGAAAAUCGUUGUUGAUUUUAUAUAUCGCUUUGUUGUUUCUAUACCAUAUUCAAUGUGGUAUAUAUUCUACGAAGGUCAGGAUCGUAAACUGUGGACAAACCGAUACUAACUCCAGCGUGGAGCACCCAACAAUAAUGAAAGAUCUGAAACGAUUUCGUCCCUGUUACUCUGCUUUAAAAUUCGAAAAGAAUAAGGAAUUAAUAAAAUAUAAGUAUUUUAACUGAUUUUUAAUGCAUAUGAAAAAAUUCUCAAAAUAUUACUUUAAUGUUUUUAAAUGUGUUAAAUAGAAAUUUAAAGAGACUACUUAUCUGUAGAUUGUAUUUCUAAUAAGAGUAUCAAUGUUUUAGUAUCCUGUAUAUUAUAUUGUAAGAAUCAACAUUUAAAUUAAAAACCAAAGUUUAUGUACGUGGAGGUGCCUGACACCAGAUGGUUGUUUAAAUGAUGAUAAAUAUAUGAUAGUAUUGGUAUAUAAAUAAAUAAUCGUACAUUAAAUA